AUUCAUGUAUUUCGUAUUCAUAUGAUAUCAUUAUCAUCCAUUGGUUUAAUCUCCUUCAUUUUCUCAUACAUUUCCUCUUCGUUUCAAACCCGAUCAUUGAGCUCAAUCUUUACACGGCAUUUUGGUUUUGUAACGAUCUCUUCUAUUUCUACCUGAAAUCUUAUAUAGAUGUUUCUGUUUUAUACGAACCAAACUCAUAACAAACCUUGCCGAUAUUAUUAUUAUUAUAUUAUAGUAGCAGAGAUGCACGGCACAUCAAAAUGUGGUUAGGCCAAGGAUUUGGGCUAACAUUUUAUAUAAAAAUAACUAAGUGGGCUCAAUCAUUUUCAAUGCGAAACACAUCAAAUAUUUAAUGUGAAUCAACCGGUUAAGACAACGAUAUUGUAACCGGUCCUUUUUCGGUAUUGAAUGAAUUGAUUCGGACCUCCCAAGUCUUUAGCUAUAAUUGUGAAACUAACUCCACGUUCCAAAAUGUUCUUAAAUUAACUAAAGUUUCCCUCUUGCUUCAAGAGAAUCAAUAAUCAAAAUUUAAUAAUUCACAGCAUUAAAUGAUUAAGGGAUCAAAAACCAAGCUUAAAGAAUUACCAAUCCAAGUGAUCUUUUCAUGGUGUUUUAACUUUCAUUAUUGCUUCUCACCUUUCUCUUGCUUCAUCUGCAACCCUCUUUAGAUUAGCCUCUUUUGUUUACUAAUUCUAUUGGUAUCCCGUAUGCCCAAUAAUACCCAUCCUCAGAUACUAAAUCUACAUUUUUAAAAUAUGAUAAAUCUAUCAUAGUUUACUUUGAGUUAUUUUUCCCACUAUCAUCACAAUCUUUUAAAUGCUUUUUGUUAAGUUAUUCAUUAAUCUGUGGUUAUUAUAGUACAUGAAUAUAUACAAAAUUAAUCAUAUCUGUACAAAAUUAUUAUUAAGCUUUUAACUAUGUAAAGUUAUGCAGUGAUUUAUCCUGUCAAUUUCCUUAUAUAUAUAGCAUAAAUGGGAAAAAUCAAAACAAGUAAGCAACUCAAAAUAUUGUUUUAUUCUUAAAAAGAAAUAAAUAUAGUUUUAGGAGGUUGUGGUAGUUCUACUACUUAUGGUAAAAGAUACUGAAAAUCGAAGUUGAAAACUACACCAUAGACCUAAACCCAAAAAUGGCUUUUAGAUUACUACAAAUGGACCGCCCCUUCCAUGCUCUAAAACUUCAGUUCCACGUCCUUGUUGUUGUAUCUUGAUUCAGAAGGUUAAAACUUAGAUCCUUAAUUACGAAAGUUAAUCCCAUCGCAGGUCCUUUCAGCUAUAUAUUAUAUAUAGUCCCUAGCUCUUAUCUCUCUCAGUCUAAAAUAUAUUCUUACAAGUUUGGAUAUUGUCUUCUACUUAUAACCUAUAAACAAAACACACAUGAAUUCUUAUCUGAUCAUGUAUACUCUCCUCUCUCUUCUCCUUCUGGCGCUUAGCCCAAAACCGUCCUUAGCCUCCACCCGCAACUACACAGACGAUACAAACGCCUCUAUUGUACCACGGUACAGCAGGUACGUCAAAGACGCGUGUAACGUAACCCGAUACAAACAACUCUGCCUCCGAACGCUUUGGCCGUUUACAAUCGUCGCUAAAAACAACUCGAGCAAGUGGGCCCGAGCUGGCGUCGCCGUGACCAUCACCGACACCAAACGGAUCCUGAGACUCUUGCUCAAAACGCGGAAUAGUUCAGCGGUCGGGAAACGCGAGAGGAUCGCGUUGUCGGAUUGCCGGGAGCUCUACGUUGACUCCCUCGACAAUCUUUACCAGUCUCUCUCCGUUCUCCGGAAACUUGACGCCGACCAGUUUCAGCAGCAGAUGAGCGAUCUCGCCACGUGGCUAAGCGCUGCACUCACGGAUGAGGACACGUGUCUCGACGGAUUUGAGGAGACGAUGAGUAAAUCAUCGACGGUCAGGAUGAUCAAGAGGAAAGCGACCAGGUGUAUGCACUUGUGCAGCAAUGCUCUGGCUCUCACCAACAAGCUUGCUUAUGACGGCUUGUAAUCUACGCUUAUGAUAUAUAAUAUACAGUUUAUUACACUAAGUAUUGUCUUAUACAUUACAGGGAAAAAAAUUAAUUACUAUCAAUAGUAUGAAUGAUCGUGGUCCUGUUAAUAACACCGAAAGAAAUAUCACGAAAUUUAUGAUAAUAAUGAUGACUCUGUUUGUCUUCGUUCUC